AGGCGAAUGCUCCUCCAGUCUUUGCAUGGCACCCAAGAGAGAUAAAGGCGGGACUGGGAGCAACAGUUUUAAGAUAUGGGAACCCUCGCUCAUCGCCGCACACUUCAAUCAGAACGAUUGGAAGGCCUCCAUCGCUUUUGUGGUUGGGAACCAGAUUGAGGACGAUCUUCUCAUCCGAGCCCUCGCCCUCGCGGUCCAAGUCCCUCAGCGGAAGCUCUUCAGUAUGGUAUCAUGGCAAGAAAUUCUGCAGCAGAUCGAUGGAAUAAAUGACCUUUAUGGAUCUCCUUCAUCUAAAAGGGCAAAAAAAUCUGCCGUUGGUAAUACCUCCUUAUUUUAUGAGGUAUUAGUGGCAGCAAAAACAAUUAUGGACAGUGGAGCGAAAUUAGCCUUACCGCUCGUAGGGAAACUCUUGAAAUUUCAACUUCUCCAGGUUAAAUUUAAAGACCAACAGCGACGGGAGAACGAAAAGAAGGUGAUAGAAGACAGAUUUAAGUUAGAAAAGGACAAAGGGAAAGGAAAAUCCCCAAAAGAGAAGAAAGCCCCAAAUGCCAAGGUUGCCAAAGGAAAGGGAAAGGAUCAACCCGAGGCAAGCACGACGGUUAAAAAGGCCACCCAGUUAAAACGGAGGGGAGAAGAAGAUGACACCAAAUGUUACAUUGACGAUGAGCCAGACGAUGGUGCCCAACAUUACAUUAUAGUUGUGGGCUUUAACAAUCCUCAGCUAUUGGCGAUUAUGACUGAGCUUGGCAUUCCCAUAAGCAGUGUGAUUAAAAUAUCUUCAGAGAAUUAUGAACCUCUGCAGACACACCUGGCAGCAGUUAGCCAGCAACAGGAAGUUUUUCUUCAGCCAGAAGAUACAGAAGCUGAAAAAAUGAAGAAAGAGAGUGCCAUAAAAGAACUUGAAAUUUUCUGGAAGUACUUGGAUCCAAUACUGAAUAAUGAGAAACCUGAAACAAAUCUCUUUGAUGUUGCUCGGCUUGAAUACAUGGUCAAAGAACGGGACUUUCCUUCUGACUGGUCUGAUGGCGAGAUGAUGCUGGAAUUGGGUACCGAUAUUUUUGAAAAUAUUGCCUGUUUGAUGUAUGACAGCCUGGAUUGGAAAAGGCAGCACCAGCACUAUUUGGAAAGCAUGCAGCUUAUUAAUGUCCCACAAGUGGUUAAUGAGAAACCUCUCUUAGACAACUUGAUGAUUCCUGAGGCACCACAACCUGUUGCCUUGGCCCCUGGAAAGAAGAAAGCACCAUAUGAAGAACCACAGGCUCCACCACCAGUGGCUUCUGUCAUCACAACCGAAGUAGACAUGAGAUAUUACAAUGAUUUGCUGAAUCCAAUUCCAGAGGAAUUCACUUCUGUGCCCCUGAUACUGCAUUGUAUGAUAGAACAGGUUGUGGCAACUGAAGAAGAGCUUGUGCCCCCCAGUCUGGUGGAGCUGCCCCCGCGAGCAGAUGGGUUAGACCACAGAAUUGCAGCUCACAUUGUGUCCAUCCUGCCCUCUCUCUGCCUCUCAGGGAGAGAGAAAAAGAAUCUCCAUGAAAUAUUCUUACCCGAAGAAGAAAGUGAAAGCAAAGCAGGGCCCAAAGGCCCUCUCCUACUGAAUUAUCAUGAUGCACAUGCCCACAAGAAGUACUCACUAAAGGACCAAAAGAAUUUUGACCCAGUUCAAAUUGAGCAGGAGAUGCAGUCCAAGUUGCCACUGUGGGAAUUCCUUCAAUUCCCUCUGCCCCCACCAUGGAACAGCACUAAACGUCUAGCUAUGAUCCAUGAACUCAUGCACUUUUGUACAAGUGAAGCCUUGAGCUGGAAUGAAGUAGAACGAGCUUUCAAGGUAUUUACAUUUGAGAGCCUGAAGCUCUCUGAGGUUGAUGAACAAGGAAAACUGAAACCUUCUGGGAUGAUGUGUGGGACGGAUUCUGAGAUGUUCAACAUACCAUGGGACAACCCUGCCAGAUUUGCUAAACAGAUAAGGCAAAAACACAUCGUGAAAAUGAGCACCCAAGAGGCCAAAAACCAAACAGAUAAUGAAUGCAAAGAUAGAAUAAUAUUUGUGGAUCAGAAUUGGUCAAGGUCCUUGCAGGAUGAUGAGACCAAAAGAGAACCUUCAGAUCCUGACCAGCCUGAUGCUAAAAAUGUGAAGAAUUCUGACUUGGAUAGUACCAAACCUUUAGACCUCAAUGAUAGAGAGCUGUCAGAGCAGGAGACCAGCUUGAAGACACAGUUCCAACUUGAGACAUUGAAGCAGACCACGAACAAUGAGAUCAAACAUGAAGCAGUCACACAGCCCGAUCCUCUUGAAAAGAAACCCAAGAAGAUGAUGGUGGAAGCAAAUUUAGAGGACAUAAAAAGAAUGCAGCAGCGCAGUCUAAUGGAUUGGAGUUUUACUGAACAUUUUAAACCAAAAAUACUGCUUCAGGUUCUUCAAGAAGCCAAUCAGCAAUACAGGUGCAUCGAUUCCUAUUACCAUACCCAAGACAACUCUUUACUUUUAGUCUUUCACAAUCCAAUGAAUAUACAACGUCUGCACUGUGAGAACUGGAAUAUUGCCCUACAUUCCAACGUUGGAUUCAGGAAUUACUUGGAACUUGUUGCACAAUCCAUUCAAGACUGGGUCACAAAAGAAGAAGCUAUGUAUCAGGAAUCUAAAAUGGCUGAGGAAAUAGCUAAGACCAAGACUGAGCUGGAAAUCAAACCCACUUCUUCCAAAAUUUCUUUUCUUAAACUGUCUCCUCCUAAAAAGUCUAAAGGUAACAGAGGAAUGGGGAAAGUAGAGAUAUCAGAUCAAGAAAAAGAAAAAGAGAAAGAAAAAGAGAAGGAAAAGAUACCUUUCAUUUUAGAAGGCUCUCUGAAGGCAUGGAAGGAAGAACAAGAACGAUUAGCAGAAGAGGAACGCUUACGGGAAGAAAAAAAAGCAGAAAAGAAGAGUAAGGAAGCCAGUAGAAAGAAAGGCAAGGAUAGGGUGGAGAAAGAAGAUAGUAAAACUUUGAAGAAGAAAUCUUCUUUCAAGGAUAAAAGUAAAGAAGAGCAGAUAAAGAUGCCAGAACUCACAGAUGAGUCCACCCAGCAACCAGAGCCUGAGAGGGUUUAUCCGUUUCGAGGAUACAAUAUGGGAGAUAUACCUGUCCAAAUCUCAGGGACAAAUUACUAUCUAUAUCCUUCAGAUGGAGGGCAGAUUGAAGUAGAAAAGACAUCAUUUGAAAAAGGCCCAACGUUUAUCAAAAUGAAAGUGAAAAAGGACAAGCACAAUUUUAUAAUUCAUUUAAAAGAUCCAAAAGAAAUUGUGAAAAAGGAAAAUGAAGAAGAGAAUUAUUCAGAAGAAGAGAAAGAAGAAAACAGUGAAGAAUCAAAGACUGAAACAGAUGCUGAGAUUAAAGCUGUCAGCAAGUUUGGAUCUUUUUCUGCCACCUUGGAAAAUGGAAUCUGCCUCUCAAUAAGUUACUACGGGCCAAGUGGAAUGGCACCAGAGGAUAAGGAUCCUAAUUUGGAAGCAAUGUUGAAUAUUCCUUCAGCACUUACUCCAACAGUGAUUCCUGUUAUAGUGACUGUUCCUCAGGGUAAAGGAAAAGGGAAACCAAAAGGCAAAGAAAAACCCAAAGAAUCCCUUAAAGAAGAGGAGCACCCAAAAGAAGAAGAGAAAAAGGAAGAAGUAGAACCAGAACCCAUUUUACAAGAGACUCCUUAUGUUCCCACAUUCCAAAACCUAAAUGUAUCUUGCCCCAGUGGGCUCCUAUUGACUUUCAUUGGGCAAGAGUCUACAGAUCAAUAUACUGGGGAUGAGGAACCCACUUGGGACAUCAUGGUCCGACAGAGCUACCCUCAGAAGGUGAAGCACUAUGAGUUCUAUAAAACGGUGAUGCCACCAGUAGAGCAGGAGGCAUCAAGAGUUAUCACCAGUCAAGGCACUGUUGUCAAAUACAUGUUGGAUGGAUCCACACAGAUUCUCUUUGCAGAUGGUGCUGUGAGCAGUAGUCCUGAUUCAGGUCCCAUUUGUCCCCCUCCUGAAAUGCCAACAACCCCUCAUAAUGGAGAUUUAAUGGACUCAGUUUCUCAGCAAAAAUCAGAAACAGCGCCCUCUGAGAUUGUCAUCACCAAAAAAGGAAAAAGUCACAAAAACCAGUCAUCAUUGACACAUAAGAAUGAAAUCCAUGAGCCUCCCCCAGAGAUAGUUCAAACAGUAUCUCCUGUGGAGGUUCACAUAGGCACCUGGUACACAACCACUCCUGAAGGAAAUCGGAUUGGCACCAAAGGAUUAGAAAGAAUAACAGACUUGACCCCACUUUUGUCCUUUCAUGCCACAGAUCCUAUCAAUGGAACGGUUAUAACAACUCGAGAAGACAAAGUGAACAUUGUUGAAAAAAAAGACGGUACUCGGAUAGUGGAUCAUGCUGAUGGUACCAGAAUCACAACUUUUUAUCAGGUUUAUGAAGACCAUAUUAUUCCUCCAGAUGACCAAGAAACAAUCGAAGGUCUUCAGACGGUCACCAGGCAAGUGAAGUGCAUGAGGAUAGAAAGUUCAAACUACGCCACUGUUAUCACCAACUGCGAGGACAGUAGCUGCUGCACCACCUUUGGGGAUGGAACAUCUAUUAUCGCAAAGCCACAGGGAACAUACCAGGUGUUACCUGCAAACACCGGCUGUCUUCAUAUCGAUAGGAACUGUUCAGCUGUAUACUGCCAUGAAUCAAGCAGUGAUAUGUAUCAUCCUUUCCAAAAGCGUGAGCAACUGAGAACUAGCAGGUACAUCAUGAAUCACACAUCAGAAGUUAUCUGUAAGGUCCUGGAUCCCGAUGGAAACACAUUUCAGGUCAUGGCUGAUGGUAGUGUAUCAACUACAUUACCUGAAAACAAUUUAGAAGAUGAUUUAAGUACCAACACUGAGGGCUAUGAUAGUUUAUCAUCUAUUGACCUGCGUAAGAAUUAUCAACAAAUCUAUGGUGAACAUGUUCCCAGAUUUUUUGUUGUCUGUGCUGAUGGAUCAGGAAUGGAACUUCUUAGAGACAGUGACAUAGAGGAAUACCUAUCCUUGGCAUAUGGAGAAUCAGCUACUGUAGUUCUCCAAGAGCCAGUACAGGAACAGCCAGGUGCCCUGAGCAUCACCGUCCUUCGCCCUUUGCAUGAAGCAUCACCAUGGCUAAUGAAGAAAGAAUUAGAUACAAUUGUUCCUCCUAAUCUCCAGUCAAGGACAUGGGAGACAUUUCCCUCAGUUGAGAAAAAAACUCCAGGACCUCCGUUUGGCACUCAUAUUUGGAAGGGCCUUUGCAUUGGGUCUAAACAACUAGCAAAUGCCCCAGCCCCUAUACUCAGGAGUCCCAAUGUGCUACAGAUCCGUCAGUUCAUCCAGCAUGAGGUCAUAAAGAAUGAGCUGAAACUGAGGCUACAGAUUUCUCUUAAGGAUUACAUAAACCAUAUUCUAAAGAAAGAAGAUGAGCUACAGGAAAUGACGGUUAAAGAUUCCAGAACUGAAGAGGAGAGAGGCAAUGCCGCUGAUCUCCUCAAGCUAGUUAUGUCUUUCCCUAAAAUGGAAGAAACUACAAAAAGUCAUGUUACUGAAGUUGCAGCCCAUCUAACCAAACUAUACAAGCAAUCUUUGGUCACUGAGCCAGAAUGUUCACCAGAAACAUUUACUAAAGAUUUCUUUGAAAAGAAAUGGAGGCACACUAAAGCAUCAAAGCAAUGGAGAGAAAAAAUGGCACAAAACAGGAAGGAUAUUGAAGAAACGCAGAAAUACCUACUGGAUAUUAAGAAUCAUGUAAUACCACCCUACUUCAAAUCUGAACUAAGCAACGUAUAUCAGUCUCAGUAUAAUUAUCUGGAUGCCCUUUCCAAGAAACUUCCUCCUUUCACAAAGAAAGAUGAAGAUGCAAACAAAACAGCUGUUCAGAACAUACGUGAUCUUCAUCCAGAUUCCAUGCCACAAAAGGUUUCAGAACAGGAAUCCUCAGAUAUGCUUAGUCUUCCAAAAUCAGAGCAUCCUGUGCAUAUCAAGGAGUCCACUGGCCAUAGUCAAGCUGAAAAUUUAACAAAAUCUACCAAAGAACCAGAAUCUUGGGUGCCUGUGAAAAUUCCAACCCAGUCAUUGUUGCAGGAUGUUGCAGGACAAGCAAGGAAAGAGAAAGUGAAGUUACCUUAUUAUUUGCUGAGUUCCAGGCCCAAGUCUCAACCUCUCCUGAAGGUGCACAAUUCUGUUGGAGGAAGAGUGAACACGUCCUCUGUUGCAUCAGCUGCCAUUAAUAAUGCAAAUUCGUCCCCUUUUGGAUUCCAUCUUCUCCCGUCAUCAGUAAAGUUUGGUGUGCUUGAAGAAGGACACACUUAUGCAACUACUGUAAAACUCAAAAAUGUUGGGGUGGACUUCUGCAGGUUUAGGGUAAAGCAGCCUCCACCCAGCACAGGAUUGAAAGUGACUUACAAACCUGGGCCUGUGGCAGCUGGUUUGCAGACAGAACUGAAAGUGGAGAUUUUUGCCAUGGCUGUUGGAGAGGAUGGUGCUAAAGGAUCAGCACAUAUUUCUCACAAUAUUGAGAUUAUGACUGAACAUGAUGUUCUGUUCUUACCUGUGGAAGCUACAGUUUUAACAAGCAGCAAUUAUGAGAAAAGACCAAAAGAUUUUCCUCAGGGAAAAGAAAAUCCCAUGGUCCAGAGGACGUCUACAGUUUCUUCCUCUGCAUUUGGAGUCUUCAUGUCUCGUCAAGUUUCUCCACAUUAGUUUCAAGAAAAAGACCACAGAAGCAAGAAGCUGAAAUCCACAAAACCCGGAAGAAAAGAGAAGACCAGCAGAUGCUGCAAUGUGCCUUGUCAUGGCAGAAGAACCAAGGAUUCCCAGCAGCCAGUCUUCGGGAAGAAAGUGUCACCUUGAUGAUGACUUACUUUGGACAUUUUCCCAGAUUCUAAACCUAAGCAAAUAAAUUCCCAUUGUUCAAGCUGAA